UUGCCUCCCACAGGUGUUCGAAACCACCACAGCAAGCAGAGGCUGCAAAAACAAAAACUCCAAAGACAAACGAGGAAAGAGGAAGAAACAAAAAGCUGCUACUUAUGGAAGAUAUAAAGGAUUCCAAGGUGAAGAGAUUUUGCACCAAAAAUAUCCUGAUCAUCCUUGGCUUCUCCUCUGUCAUGGCUGUGAUAGCUUUGAUUGCUGUGGGGUUGACCCAGAACAAACGCUUGCCAGAAAAUGUUAAGUAUGGGGUUGUGCUGGAUGCGGGGUCUUCUCACACCAAUUUGUACAUCUACAAGUGGCCAGCAGAGAAGGAGAAUGACACCGGGGUGGUGCAGCAGUUAGAAGAAUGUAAAGUGAAAGGUCCUGGAAUCUCAAAAUAUGCUCAGAAAACAAAUGAAAUAGGCACAUACCUGGCUGAAUGCAUGGAACUGUGCAGUAACGUGAUCCCAGCAUCGAAGCUGCAGGAGACACCUGUUUACCUGGGCGCUACAGCAGGCAUGCGCCUCCUUAGGAAGUCCAAGAGUCCAAGAAAAAGUAGGAUUUUCAGAGACUUCUUGCACUGUACUCUCUUUCAGAAACGCAGUUGGCUCAACUUCAUCUCACCUGACAGCUAUAGUCAGGAAACCUUUGGAGCUUUGGACCUCGGAGGAGCCUCUACGCAAAUCACCUUUGUGCCCCUAAAUGCCACGAUAGAGUCCCCAGAAAACUCUCUGCAGUUUCGCCUGUAUGGCAAGGACUACACUGUGUACACACACAGCUUCUUGUGCUAUGGGAAGGAUCAGGCGCUCUGGCAGAAAUUGGCCAAGGACAUUCAGGUUUCAAGUAGCAGAACCCUCAGGGACCCAUGCUUCCAUCCUGGGUAUGAGAAGCUUGUGAAUGUAAGUGAACUUUAUAACACUCCCUGCACCAAGAGAUUCCAGAAGACUCUGCCAUUUGAUCAGUUUCAAAUCCAGGGUACUGGAGACUAUCAAAAAUGCCACCAGAGCAUCCUUGAGCUCUUCAACAAAAGUUACUGCCCUUAUUCCCAGUGUGCCUUCGAUGGGGUCUUCUUGCCACCACUCCAAGGGAGUUUUGGGGCAUUUUCAGCUUUCUAUUUUGUGAUGGAUUUUUUUAAUAUGACAGUAAAUGACAAUGUCUCCUCUCAGAAAGAAAUGAUUGAGAUAAUAAGGAAAUUCUGCUCAAAACCUUGGAAGGAGGUCAGACAAGAUUAUCCUGCAGUAAAGGAGAAGUACCUGAGUGAAUACUGCUUUUCGGGCACCUACAUCCUUUCCCUCCUUUUACAAGGCUAUAAUUUCACAGGCGAUUCCUGGGACCAAAUCCAGUUUAUGGGCAAGAUCCAGGGCAGCAAUGCCGGGUGGACCUUGGGUUACAUGCUGAACUUGACCAACAUGAUCCCAGCCGAGCAGCCGUUUUCUGCACCUCUCCCCAACUCCACCUACGUCUUCCUCAUGGUUCUCUUCUCCCUGAUCUUGGCUGCAGUGGUCAUCACAGGCCUGUUCAUCUGUAACAAGCCUUCAUAUUUCUGGAAAGACAUGGUAUAGCAGGAGCAGCUGAAAUCUGCUGACUGGAGCAAAAACAACUUGCCCAGGGAGCAUGUUCCUCCAUGCAGUGAAGUCCAAGGUCACCCUCCCCUGCUUGCCAGGGCUAGGCUAGACCAGCAUGAAGCUUCCUUGGGACAUACUCACUACCCUCUGCCUCAAGGACUUCCUGAUGGAUUCUCUCAUCUCUCCCAGCUACUCUCUUUCUCUUUUAUACACUGUGCUUGUGUGGGUCUUAAAGACCUGCCACCUUUUGUGAUUUCUGCUUUAUAAAAGAACAAUAUUAACUUUGUCUACAAGAACUGAGAGUCCCAAGUCCCAUGCUGCGAAGUUGAGCUGGCUGAAAGAAGAAACUCAGGAACUGGUUCAGGCAUACCUUUGGGGAAUCCCCCUUUCUCUCCCACUUCCGUUUAUUAAGAAAGCCAUGCAGUGCCUUUGGAGAGAGGAGACAUACCCAUUCCAAGCCUGCCCUUUGGAUAGGAGAAUUUUCUAAAGUAGAUAAAUAUGUGCUAAAGCCAAAGAGUUUUGCAACGGAAUCUGUGUACUCAUGCAGCUGAUACAGUUCUUAUUCCCUGAAAAUAAGGAUGGGGUGAUGCCAGAACAGCACAAAGUAGAACACACAGGUCAGAGAUUUUUGAAAAGCAGAUGCAUACACAAGCAUUCAGAGGAACCUAUACAAUGACGGUGUACAUGUUCAGAAGAAAAACACAGUUGCCACUAAGGAUUAGGAAAAUGCGUCUUUUAGAGUUUUGUUUUUAUUAUGUUAAAAUAUAACAUAAAUUUCACCAUAGUUUUCAUUCAACCUAGUACAACUGAGUGGCAUUUAGUACAUUUACAGCACUGUACAAACAUCACUAUUUUAUAAUGUUUCAGCGCAAAGAAGUUGACAGGGUCGAGAUCAUACCUGGGUAUUCUCAAACCACAAGCCUUUCCAUGAAAGCUAAGUGGACCCUGUACUGCAGAGAUGGUCACUGAAUUUUAGGGCCAUGCCGCCUCUUAUUGUCCCACUGUGUAAUUUAGUGAGGGCGACAUGCUUUUGUGCUAUUACGAUAUUUACACAUCAAGUGUUGCUGCCCACUCUGUUAUGCAAAUAUGAGUCUUAUUUCCUUAUCCCACGGAGUAUUUUGAAGAGUAAUGAGUGAGUGGCUAUGGAGUUUAUCAUGGAACUGUAAAGAGACCCUGUCCUUUUCCUAUGAGCACUGCUGCAAGAACUCCCUGUCGAACAGGACUGAGUGGUGAUGUACUGGAUGCACCUCAUCCCAAGCUAUCUGUCCAUUUCUGGAUUUGGGGAUUGACUGUUGAGCUGAUGGGGAAAGGAAAGUCUCCCACAAACUAGAAGCCAAAUACCCCUGUAUCUCUUGGGUAGUCAAGUCAUUUUUCCCUUUAUAAAAGUCUGCUAUUCACAAUUGAAUGUACUGGCUAUAUUGUAGCUGCUGUUGACUAAGCAUCUGUGGUUAACAUGUUCUGUGUUCCAGGGCCUCCUGUUCAUCCUCUCAUUUCACCCUCCCAAGAAUCUGAAAAAGGUGGAGCUGGACUCAGACUCACAGCUGCCCCAAAUCUGUCUUUUUUUCCCUUUCUAAACACUUCUGUCCAGUACAUUGGAAUUCAAGUUUACAAAUUUCCUUUAGAGAACACAAAUCUUUUCUAUCUUUUUGCCCAGGUCCCACCUCAAAAAUCUUUUAAAUAUCUAGGAGUCAAACUCUACUCAUCAAGAUCUCAGUAUAGACAAUCAGCAGACACAACCUAGCUUCAGUUCUUUUAGAGAGAUGGUUAAUCCAGAGAUAUGCUUUGGGUCCUUCCAGGUAGAGCAGGUCAAAUAAUAUAGGUCACUAUAAACUAAUUUUAAUAUUGGAUUUCCCACUGAUUAUAAUUGAUUACUAUUCAUCUGUAGGCUUUCAUCCAGGACUCAGAAUUUGGUUCUUAUAACCUUGCUUCUUUUUAAGGUGGUGAAUUUUUUUCUAUGAAUCUACAAGGGAAAGAAAUCAGCAGAAAUGGUUGCAUCGAUAUACAAAAGAACAAAACUACAUAGACUUUGUAUGUAUGCACACAUGUUGUAUGUAUGAGAGACAGAAAGUUUCAAAUUAUCCCAAUGAAUUAGUAAGAAACAUAAAAUGUGACAAAUAAAGGUUUCAAAAGUGGA